AUGUCAUCCACCACCACUGAUUCGGAGUGUGCAUAUUUCGAACAAAUUCAGCAAUACCUCCUUCCCAAUGAUUCAGCCAUUGUAACACCAGAUCAAGCUUUUCCUAGCCCUAGGCAUCUUAGUUGUUCGGAUGCAAGUGUCCACUUUGAGCACCCUACUGAAGCGCGUGAAGUGAACGCGCCACCUAAAUGGAGGCGUUACAGGGGUGUGAGGCGUCGGCCGUGGGGGAAGUUCGCAGCUGAGAUAAGGGAUCCAAAGAAAAAUGGUGCUAGGGUUUGGCUCGGAACUUAUGUGACUGAAGAGGAAGCAGCUUUGGCUUACGACAAAGCUGCUUUCCAGAUGCGAGGCCGAAAGGCCAAGCUGAAUUUUCCUCAUCUCAUUGACUCGGAUGAGUCAUCGGAGCCGCCAAGUGUGGUGGCUUUAAAGAGGAGCUUGCCGGAGCCUUCUCCACCAUCAUCAGUGGAUGAUAGUUGUUGUAAGUCACAAGGGUCAAAGAGGAGAAAGAGCUUAGUUGAUCUACUAAAUAACUUAGCCAAGAAUAGAAGCCAAGCCAAGGUGGUUGAAAUGGCUUUAGAGGCAAAUGUAGUUGAGCAAUGGGUGAAUGAUUUGAACGAUUGCACUCUAAUCUGGUGCUCCUAG